AUUUUAUUUGCAACAUGACAGGAAAUGCUGCAUACAGAAGAGCUCUAUCAGAAGGAGAGGUGGUGAAUGUUGCUUAUUCACGUGUUCUUUUUCUGGGUACAGCAGGUGUUGGGAAGAGUAGUUUCAAGAAUUCUCUUAUGAAGUUACCAUGGGAUCCUAAGGCUAACAGUACCAUCAUAUCUGAUGUCAGCUGUGUUCGUCCCUUUGCUAAGGGAUUGCUUAGUGAGCAGUGGGAAGCAGUUACUCAUGAAGCUGAAAUUGAAGCAAUGGUACACUUGUUCUCUUCUGUAAGGAAAGGUGAAAAGCAUCGCUCAGUUCUCGUUGAUCCUACUGAUAAUGUCAUUACUCCAUCAAGCUAG